GUGAUGAGCAGCAACAGCGGCCAAUCAGAACUCCCCGAGCAGCGUCCGGUUUCCUCUCCGAGUAUAGACGGCAAGGCGGAGGUAGGGGGAGUGGGGGUCAAAGAUACGCAGAGAAACGGGCUGCUGGUGGCGAAGAUGGCGGAUGGGGACAGUGGCAGUGAGCGCGGUGGUGGUGGAGGCAGCGGCGGAGGCAGCGGCGGAGGGGGAGGAGGCGGUAGUUUCCAGCACUACCAGCGGGAACCGGAGACCCAGGAGCUGGCCUCGAAGCGGUUGGACAUUCAGAACAAACGCUUCUACCUUGACGUGAAGCAGAACGCCAAAGGCCGGUUCAUCAAAAUCGCCGAGGUCGGCGCCGGGGGUUCGAAAAGUCGGCUGACCCUCUCUAUGUCAGUUGCGGCAGAGUUCCGAGACUACCUGGGAGAUUUCAUAGAGCACUACGCACAGCUUGGGCCUAGCACCCCGGAGCAGAUCGCUCAAUCAUCCAGUGGGGAUGACACCGGGCCUAGACGGGCCUUGAAGAGCGAGUUCCUGGUGCGUGAGAACAGAAAAUACUACCUCGACCUAAAGGAGAACCAGCGGGGUCGCUUUCUCCGGAUCCGACAGACCGUCAACCGAGGUCCCGGCUUCGGAGUCGGAGUGGGUGGCAUCCCCGGUGCCGGCCUUCAGUCCGGUCAAACCAUCGCACUCCCGGCGCAAGGUUUAAUAGAGUUCCGCGAUGCUUUGGCCAAGUUGAUAGACGACUAUGGGGGGGAUGAGGAGGACCUGGCCGGCGGCGGAGGCGCAGGCGGCUACAGCGAGCUCCCGGAGGGCACUUCCUUCAUGGUGGACUCCAAGCGCUUCUUCUUUGACGUGGGAUCCAACAAGUACGGAGUGUUCUUGCGGGUGAGCGAAGUGAAGCCGAGUUAUAGGAACUCUAUAACGAUCCCAUUCAAGGCGUGGAGCAAGUUCGGGGGAGCUUUCAGCCGCUACGCCGAGGAGAUGAAAGAGAUCCAGGAGAGGCACCGGGAUAAGAUGUACGAGAGGAGAGCCGCAGACGAGUCCGAGGGCGACGACGUGGACGAAGACUGAUGGAGCAGGGGCCACCUGUGAUGAAGCUGACAAAAUGAUGAGGCAAAGUCUGGGGAGAAACAAGAGAGACGAACGACUAUUCUGUGCAUGACGAAUCGAACUUUAACAGCUAAAACAAUGGAGUAAAAAAAAAAAAAAAGUAUAUUUGACUGAGAAAUUACUGUCUAUAUAAGAGAAUAUGUCCUAAAGUUUAGGUGGAUGUUAUAGAUAAAUGAGUGCAGACUGCAUUAGUCAGCUCCUGUAUGAGGUUUCCCCAUUGAUAAAACAUUAUAUGAACAUUUAUAUAUAUAUAUAUCUAUAUAUCUAGAGAUUGUCCAUUUGAAAAAUCUCACAUGUGUAGCCCAGCAAUUUAAGUUUGACAGUGCUGAAGACACAGCAGCAGGGCGCUAUGCCAGUUUCACUUCCGUGUUGAUAUCCAAUGGAAAGAGCUCACCUGGCUCUGACCUAUAGUCUGUGUGGUUAUAAUUAGGAAGUGUGUGACAACCUCAAACCAGCAGGUGUGGGAGUGGGAGUAAGACGGAGUGUGUCUGCAUCACUCGCCAUUGGCUGUGUGUUUUUGUCUGAAGUGACCUGUAAUGAUUGACUUGCUCAGACAGACCCACAACACCCAGAGGCACAGCGUCAGCUAAAGGGUGGCAUCCUUGGCAUCACACGACAACCUCUCAGGCCAGCGAGUUCCCAUUAAGAUCAUCUGUUACAAGCACACAACUCAUUUGGAUUCCCUGGACAAUCCAAAUGAAUCCAAAUGACCUCCCUCCUCCUCCUACUCCUCCCUCUUACCCUCAUUCUCUCCCUGCUGGGCAUCCUUCAGGUGCUGAGCAUCUGCUCCAAUAGCUGAAUGGUGGUGAGACCUACUCACACGUGGCUUGUUGUGUCUCAGGGCUGGCAAGUCCUUUCUGUAUUUUUUUGGGGGGGUAUAUCAGCAUUACCUGUGCCUGUGCAUCAUCCUCAAGAUGUACCCGGGCGCAGAUCUGGUCAACCAGUUGCUGCAGUUGAGACGUCUGUGGCAACUGAUGAUGUUUCAUACGAUGUAGGGCCACAUUUGGCGCUCAGGCCUUUAGCUCUGGUCAUGUAUUUUCGAUUUAAAGCUUAAUAUUGCAGGGCUUGAGAUACGGUCUCAAGGGGAACUGACCUUGUUGACUUCUUUUAGGAUGCAUUAUUUGGAUCCUUUAAAUCAUGAACUCAAGACCAUUUAUGACUGAAGUAAUAUUCAGUCUGAUUGUAAGAAAAAUUAGGUGCUUUUUGAAAAAUAAAAACCCACACGUGGGGGUGCUGUACCUAAAAAGAAAAAAAACUAUAUACUCAAAGAGAUUUACUUACUAAAAAGAUCAAGUAUAGAAUUAUUUUUCAAAAGAGAUAUGUUACAUAUGUCUUGAGAAUAUGAGACAUUUAUAAGAUAAUGCUGCCUAAAGUGGCUUAUUUAAAACACUAAACUUGGAUGCAACUGUCCAGGGUGAUAUUUCAUACCUGCUUUUUUUCCUAACAUUUCUUUUAUUCCUUAAGAAAUUAAAAAAAUAAAAGAGCAUACAACGAAUUGAUGAUGCAGUAUGUAAUAGCAAUUUCUUGAGGCAACCUCAUUCUAGUUGUUUGUCGGCAAACACUCAGCACUCCAGUUCACUUUACCAAGCAUCAAGUUGUCUCCUUGUUUCAGUCCAACUGUUUUACCACGUAUUGUCAUGAAUUGGCGUUCCAUCAGUUGCCAUACGAUGCAAACACAAACCUGCAAUCAUCAACAUUUUGUCUUUUGUGCUUCUAUUUAAGAGAUGAUUAUUUUUUGCAUGCCUGCUCUUGUGCGGAGCUACCUUGUGUUCUUUUCUUUUGCAUACCCUGAUUGCUGUAUGAUGGUAUUUAUCAAAUAUAGAGAGCAGUUUCAAGUUUUAUUACCAUAUGGCAAAGGAGAAAUAAAAAGUUGAAAGUUUACUUUUCAGCCUAAUAAUAAUAAUGAUAAUAAUAAAAAAAAAAGCGCCACAACUUCCCGUGCUUUGGGGAAUUUCACUUUCAUUGUCCUACUUCAUUUGGUGUGUAAACCUCUCGUUGAAUUUUACUUUUUCCACUUCAACACAGCAGAGAAAUGCCAUAUUAAAGAACAACAAACAUCUGGGAGCAAUAGUUUUUUCUUUUCUACUGAUAUACUAUAUAUAAUAUUACACAUGAGAUUGAACUACAUCCUUCUUCCUGUACUGUGUUACGUGAAAUGGCAGCUGUUUCAGUCAUGUGUGUUCUGCUGUAAUAUUCUAUCAUAAUUUCAACGAGAAAUAAAGGUUUUUGCUCAGAAUAA